AUGAGUGCGACGGACAGUGUCUUACUGGCCGUAGCUCGUCAGCAGUCGGAAGCGUUUGCGGCAGGGACGCUCAAGUCGCCAUGGGAGCACUUUGAGUACGGCGUGAAGCUGGCGUUGGCCCGCUGGACGGCGCUGCGUAUGGCCAUUGAAGGCGAGUGGGGCGGCGGCGACACGCGACGCAAGUACGAGAUCCUGCAGGAUGAGGUCCUCAACGUGUUCAAGUACAACAAGACAGUGUUCGCGGACGCAAUGGCCGAUAACAUUGGCGGCUACGUCGAGACGGAGUUCGGUCUCAUCUGCGAAGACGGGAGCGUCGAAGAGGUCUCGGAGCUGCUCACGGUGCUGGCGGAAGAGUGCAAGAAAGCGCAGUACGGCCGCAUCAAAACGAUGCACGAACAGGUGCAGUCGCUCUCCUCGAUCGACCUGAAGGCUCUGAAAGUCAAGUCGCAGGAUGACGGCACCGAGUCAGACGUGCCUCUGGUCGACGAAGAUGGGUUCACGACAGUGCGUCGCUCGAGCAGACGAAAAGCGGCCACGAAAUUCUAUGACCCUGCAGCAGAGUUUCCAGGAGCUGCGUAG